CGUUCUUUUUCAAAAGGAACCCAGCUCCGUUCCGUUCCUAUUUUUUUCCAAUUGUCCCAUCACUAGUUUGUUUACAUCCGAAAGUACUCGAAAAAAUGCGACACCUCGGAUACGUCAAAACUGCUCGACUACACAUCAUAACCUCAAUUCUAUGACGUGUAUAUUUCAAAACAAAAGUUCAAAUCAGAGCCAUCCUCGCACAAGAAAACAUGUUUAUUUCGUCAGAAAUUGUACAGUUUGUAUAAAAAGAUUGUGUCCGAGAGAUAUCGCAUCCAAAGCUCCCGAUUCAACAUGCUAGCGGACGUGUGUAGGCUAGUGCUAUUGUUAAGUUUGGUGGUGUUUACCGUCACUACACAAGCGGCGACCGGUUCGAAUGAAUCCAACAAGUUCGUGCCAACACACGAAUGGCAGGAGAUCAAGGAGGGCCAAUCAAUCCCAGAAGGAUUGCACGUAAGGAUAAACUUAACCAGCGGCAAAAAGGAAGCCAAAUUACUGGACAAAGAGAGUGAUGGUACGGACUCCUCAUCUCUGUCGAUGGUACCGGGAGAAGAAGUCAAGGAUCACCAAGUAGCAGGAACGAGCGCAAGCGAUCCAGAAACCGCUGGUGUUAUGGAUUUGGAAGCAAUAAAAGAAGCACUGAAGAAUAUUCCGUCCAAUGAGUACGAGGAGGAAACAAAUGAGGAAUCGGGUCGUGCCCGGUUUAAAAGCUACGAACAGAUCAAGCAAGAGCUGAAAGACGCAAACGUGGAGCUGAAAAGCGACAGUGAAAUUAUGACCGAUUUGUUUGGCCGUUUCGAUGAAGCGCUCCGGAAAUCAUCCGCCACAGAACGACAGGAAUUAGACGCACUGUUCGAGGAUCUCGAAUACCUGGCACAUCAAAUCGACAACGCACUACAGUUCAUCGAUCGGGGCGGGGUGGAGAAAAUCAUCUGGCCCAGCAUAAACCGCACCGAGGACAGUGUGACGCGUACGAAAGCCCUCAGGCUACUAGGCACGGUCAUACAAAACAAUCCCAAGGCAAAGGUCGCACUAAUCGAACGAAACGGUGGUUCCAAUCUGAUCGUUGCCCUAGGGCGAGCUUCCACGACGGAUGAACUUUCGGCCGCACUGUACGCGUUCGGCAGCUUGGUGCGGAAGUUCCCUUUUGCCCAGAAGCAACUGCUUACGCCGCAUGGGUACAGUGUGCUGUACGGUGUGUGGGAAAAGAAGGUCGAGCUGAAGGUUAAGGUGAAGGUGCUGCAGCUGAUUGCGGACGUACUAGAAGAUUACCACAGUGCAACCGACAAAGCGGGAAAGAGUGAUCCAACCACGGCCGAGCAAUACCGUUCGACGAAGCUAACCGAUGGGCUAGAGCGGACGGAAUUUUGCAAACAUGCUGGAGAAUUCUUUCACCAGCAAAAAGCUGCUCUCAUACCGGAAGACAAUCUAACCGAUGAUACGGUGAAAGCUCUAAAGGUAUGCAAGCAGCUAUGCCACGAAUCGUGGUCCCAGUGUCCACUGUUUCGGCAUACGUUACUAGUGCUGCGAAACAAUCUAGACCACCGAUUAGACGACGACAGCGAAUUGGUGGUUUAUAGGCAAGAAAUUAAGCGUAGCAUCGAUGAACUGAUUGUCGAUCUGUACGGUCAGCCGAAAGAUGAACUGUGAGCUCCACGACCAUAUUAGAAAGUAGUGAAAUAAAUUAUUUAUGUUCUCAAGUCCAA